UUCAUUUGCAAAUACAAAGGAACGAACAGGCGGACGGUCUUCAAUUGAUACAAAAAGGAGUCCCCAAUUUAAAAUCCGCACAUGCGCAGAAAUUGUUUACUUUCAUAUGCAGACAUAAAUUCAUUUAACCACGUGUUAGCACAUAAUCUAAGAAUGUGUGAUAUCUUAAUGCCACGUGAUGCGGGGAGAUAUAUAUCAGAGAGAAGUAAAGAUGUUAAAAUAAUAGACAAUGGUGUACAAAAAGUUGCCAUGUUUAUGGCGGACUGUGUUCGAUCUGGUACAUACAAUAUCAAAAGCUGGAAAAUGCACACACUAAACCCCAAGGUCAUGGAUGAAAACACGUUGAACUGGAUUUUUGUUACAGACACUUUGAAUUUUUCUUUCUGGACAGAGGACGUGAACAAGAAGUUUAAGGUGAAAUAUAAUGGCGAGGACUAUACUGGGUACUGGUCACUAUGCGCUGCAAUAAACAGAGCCUUAGAUAAAGGUAUACCUUUUACAAACCCGGAGUAUUUUGCAAACAUAACAAAGGAGCAGAUGACAGACGUUUUACGAUCAGAUUCUGAUUACGACAUCCCAUUGUUUGAAGAACGACUUACUGUAUUAAGGGAGGCUGGACGUGUGCUAGUGGAGAAGUAUGGAGGGAGUGUCGCAAAGUUGGUGCAACGAUGUGGCAAAAGUGCCCAAACCAUGAUGAAACAAGUGGUGAAGGAUUUUAGCUCUUACAGAGAUGAAACAGAAUUUGAGGGACAAAAGGUCGCCAUCUAUAAGAGAGUACAGAUUCUUAUAGCGGAUAUCUGGGCGUGUUUUGAAGGUCAAGGUUACGGAGAAUUCCAUGAUAUUGACACAAUAACAAUGUUUGCAGAUUACAGAAUACCCCAGGCUUUGUUGUACUUUGGUGCUUUACAAUAUUCUGAUGAACUGGUAGAAUAUCUGAAAACCCCUCAUCUCCUAAAAUCUGGUGACCGUUACGAGGUGGAAAUCCGUGGCUGCAGUAUAUGGGCAACUGAACUCAUUAACAAAGAAACAAGAAAGCUCCUGGAUGCCGACGCCGCCGGGAAGAAUCUCUUGGUUAACUCAAUUCUGAUUGAUCAUUACUUAUGGGAUUAUCGACUGGACCAUGCCGGUGAAAUGGCCGACCUUCCAUUACAUAAAAUAAGAUGCAUUUACUACUAAAUUUAAUAUGAUAUUUUUAAAAUAUACUUUGUUUUCACAAACAUGACAUAUGUAUGUUAUGGGCAUUCUUAUAUCCUCAUGUUUUCCUUCAAAGCAUUUCUACUUUCAGAACUGUCUGAAAAAUUGUUUAUAAAAUAAAAAUUAUUCAAAUUAU